UAAAAAUCACUUAGGAUUAGGAACCUCACCACAGCCUCUUGAACUUAACCUAGAAGAAGAAAAAUGGCUUGCACCACAGAUUUCCGGUGCCUCGACGAAGGAUUCGGCGGCAAAACCGCCAAACGCAAACGCGAAUCUCAGGAACAAGCCGCCGCCGAUGAAGCCUCGAUGGACAUCGAUUCGGUCAAUCCUCCAUCCGCGAAACGCAGCGCCGUCGCCUCCUCGGAGGAUCCGGACAAACCCGUCGCCGCCGCCGUGGCGAUCGGGAGACCGACGUACGACGGCGUGAUAGCCGGGAAAGUAUCGGGGCGGAACUGGAAGACGCCGCGGACGCACAGGUCGUCGGGGAGGUUCGUGAGGAACAAGGGGCCGGAUCUGGAGGAGAUGAAGAGGCAGAGGGAGAUCAAGAGGGCGUACAAGGAGAGGAAGAACGAGCUCAAGGAGGAGAUACGGAGCCACAAGGUGGAGAAGAGGAAGAAGAAGGAGGAGAGGGAGAAGAGGAAGGCGGAGAAUGUUUUGAGGACGGGGACGAAGCUGCAGAAGAUUACGAACCCGAAGACGUUGAAGAAGAUUGCCAAGUCUAAGCAGAGGAAGCAUCUUAAAGUGAUUCCUGAUGAGGUGGUGAAUGGGAACAAGAAGAGUAUCAUUAAUUAAAGUUCAAUUUAUGUUUUUUUUUUUGAGUUUUUGUAUUAUCUUGUGACGUUUAGUCAAUUUCAUCUGAGAAACAACUUUAAUACAGAGUUUGGGAGGUUCUGUU